GCAGUAAUGGGCGCGGUAGCCCGACAACCACAGGGACCGGCGACGCAGGUCUUCACAUAAAAAGGACGGACUUCGCGAUGCAUCACGCCGCGCCAUUCCCUCGCCAUGGCACUGUCGCUCCUCCGUCUGUCCCUCUUGGGAUUGCUAGCCGCCACUCUUAGCAUCGCCGCACCCUCCGUGAGCCUCACCGGCAACACCGUCCUUGACAACAGCGGCAUCUACUUCGUUUCCUACGACGGUCUCGUCAAUGUCAACAGCUUCCAGCUCUCCGGCAUCCUAACGCACGGAGACUACCAAUUCGCUGCGUGGUACGAUGCGAGCGGCGUCGCAACUCUCGCACGAAGGACGCUUCCCGACGGCGGUUGGGACAAGCUCUCGCUGAACCACACACUGCAGGCGAAGGACUCGCACAACGUGAUUGCUCUGGGAGUAUCGCCCGAGGAUGGCGUGUUGCAUGUCGCGAUGGACUGCCACAGCUCGACGAUGUACUACACUUCCUCCACGGCAGGACUGGCAACGGGGGACGCAAGCUGGGCAGCGAGCAGCUUCGGGAGCGUCGUGAACACGCUGGGAAAUCUGGAUAUCACGAAGACGAUCACCUACCCUCAAUUCGUUGUUACACCUCAGAACCUGCUGCAGUUCGUAUAUCGCACCGGCAUCUCCGGUAACGGCGAAGCGCAGCUCGCGGAGUACGCUGGCGGGUCGUGGAAGGGCGUUGGCCAGUGGUCCUCUGCUUCAGGAUCCUACUCCUCCGAGCAUGGAUCGAGCAGCGCGCGCAGCCUCUAUAUCCACGGCUUCACCUACCAUGGGGACCGCGCCUACGUGACGGGGACCUGGCGAGAGCAGAGCGGCAGCGUAUCGUGCAACAGCGGCGGCUUGACCAACCACGACACGGUGUACUUCUACUCCGAUGACUAUGGCCGUACUUGGGCUAACAACGCCUCCCAAACCAUCGGCACCUCGGACAGCAGUCCCAUCGGUGUCAGCACCUCCGGCAUCAUCGUCGACUCCCUCAAUCCCGAUCACGGUCUCAUGAACCAAGAGUCCCAGGCCAUCGACUCCUCCGGUCUCCCCCACGCUAUCAUCUCCUACGUCCCCGGCCGCUUCACCCAAUGCGUCACCAACUAUGCCUCCGAUCGCACCCGCUACGCGCACCCCUUCCACCUCUACCAAACCUCGUCGGGCGCGUUCACCAAGGUCGAGAUCCCUUACGCCAUCAACGCGGUGGGCCGGUCGCAAAUCGCGUUCGACUCGGAGGACAAUGUGUAUGUGGUGUUGCCGUAUGUGGACGUGGUGACGGCGAGCAAGGCGUCGGGGUGGACGGACUGGGAUGUGGCGUAUAAUGGGACGGAGGAGGGGCUGAAUGCGUUUGGGGAGGUGACGCUAGAUAGGGCGAGGCUGGAGGAUGGGGUGCUGUCGGUGCUGUAUCAGGAGAAGAGCUCGGGGGGUUCGUCGCCCGUGCGGGUUGUCGACUUCCAAUUGGGCGCGUGAAAGCUGCUUUACAAUUGCGAAACUGUACAACUGAAGGAAUACAUUGUAGACUGCUUGACAUAGACCUGCUGCUUGGUACGAUAAUGAUGGGUGUGCACCAUGCACCACACUCAAUCAUCCUGAACACCAUGCCA